AUGGGAAUAGUUUGCUGUAAAAAUUAAGACGUUGCAAGGCUCAAUAUUUAACCUAUGAUUCCAUUGAUUCCAACUGAAGAAGCUUCUUUAGAUGAAACAAAAAUUGUGAAAAUAUAAACCAGUGUCAGACGUAAUAAAUGUUUUAUUUUCAAGGUUACCUUGCAAAAACAAAAACAUAAUAAAAAUAAAAAUCAGAGGCUUCUGUAACAACUGUUGUUUAAGUCUAAUCUCAUGCAAAUGAAUAAAUAAUUUCAAUAAUUGAUACAAUACCUAAAGAUGCACAAAAAGUAGAAUGGCCUUAAAUAUUGCUGUAAGCUGUGCAAAACAAAUUAAAAGAGUUAUCACCACUUGUAUAAUUGACAUUUUAAUGCUAUCUAUUGGAUGAUGGUUGUUAUUAUCAAGGACCUUUUAUGAAUUAUUAAAAAGAAGGGUUUGGAAGAUAAAUUGAUUAGGAUGGUUCGUUAUAUGAAGGAACAUUUAAGAAAAAUGUAAAAUAAGGGAAGGGAAGGUAGAUUAGUUGUGAUGGAAGUGUGUAAUUAAUAUAAAUUUAUGUAGAUAUGAAGGAAGUUUUGAUGAUAAUGAAUAUGAUGGAUAUGGUGAAUUUUAAGAUUCUUAUGGGUUUAUUUAUAAGGGAGAAUGGAAAUAAUCAUUAUUUCAUGGAGAAGGUCAUGAAAUAAAUGAGUAAUUUUAAUACAAAGGAGCAUAUAAAUAAGGACAUAGGACUGGAUAUGGAGAGAUUAUAUAUGUUGAUGGAAAUAAGUAUAUGGGAGAAUUUUAGAAAAACAGAUUUGAAGGUUUUGGGAUUUUUAUUUAUGCAGAUGGAAGAAAAGUAAUGAAUAUUGAUCUUAGGAUUUAGUAUGAAGGUAGUUGGAUGAAUAAUUAGAUGCAUGGCAAAGGUACUUUUUCUUGGACUAAUGGACGAAAAUAUACAGGAAAUGUAUUUAGAACUAUUAAAUAAUUUAGUAUCAUUUAGAUCAGAAAGAAGGUUUUGGUGAAUUUAUUUUUGAGAAUGGAAGUAGUUAUAGAGGAAUGUGGAAAUAAGGUAAAUAGCAUGGACAUGGUGUGAUGGUUUCAGAGUUAGGAGAUCAAAGAGAAGGAGAAUGGGUUGAAGGAAGAAGAAUAAAAUGGAGAUGA